AUGGAAUCUAUAUUUGAAAAUAUUAAUGCGCACCUAGAAGGGAAAUUCUGAACUCGGCUUGAGCCUCCUGUUGCAAUUACACCUCAGCAAGAGUUGCAUAGAGGAACAUUAUUUGAAACCAACGAAUCAAAACAACUUCUAAAAAAAAGAAACUACCUUCUAACUAAUACAAGUCUUUUUUUUGCCGAAGAAGAUUACAGUCUGGCUAGAAAAGAAUCAUCGAUAAGAUGAAUGAUUAUGGAACCUUUUAUCGAAACACUAGGCGAAGACACAAAGUAUGGGUUUAGACUUAAGCAAGGAGCAUGCCAAAAAGAUUUUUAUACAGACUCCAAUGAGAGUUUGGAUAUCUGAAUUGAUAAACUGUCAAGCAUUUGCAUAAUGACAAGCAUUGAAAAUGAUUACAAGUUUGUCAAAAAAAUAGGAAAAGGAAGUUUUGCUGAUGUUUAUUUAGCAAAGGAUUUAAUAACUUCGGAAAAUGUUGCCAUAAAAGCUAUCCAUAAGAUUGUGUGUUUGAAAAGCCCAAACGGACUGAGUUCUCUUGUAAAUGAAAUUGAAAUCAUGAGAAAGCUUGAUCAUCCGAACAUCAUAAAAUUUUAUAAAAUUUAUGAAAGCGAACACCACAUUAGCUUGGUUUUGGACUUUUUAGAAGGUGGAGAACUUUUUACUCGAGUUUUGAGUAAAGGCUCUUAUACAGAAAAAGAGGCAGCAAGAUUAAUAUGGAAGUUACUAAAAGUGCUUAAAUAUUUGGAUUCGAAUCAAAUUAUUCACAGAGACGUUAAGCUUGAAAAUAUCAUGUUAAAGUCUAAAGAUAAAAACACGAGUUUUAAACUGAUAGAUUUUGGACUUGCAUGCUACUGUGAAGAGAAUCUCACCUUAAGAUGCGGCUCUCCUGGAUAUAUUGCGCCUGAGAUUUUAAAAAAAUACCCUUAUAGCACAAAAGCAGAUGUGUUUAGUGCUGGAGUGAUCCUAUAUAUUUUAUUAUCUGGGAGAUCUCCCUUUCCAGGUAGAAAUAAUGGGGAAGUCUUAGCUAGAAAUAGAGAUUGCCGAUUGCAUUUUGAAGAUUCUUACUGAAGUGCAGUAUAGCCCAAGCCUCCUUUGGGCUAUACGACAUCGGAAGGGGCAAGCAUUUGUUUGUAAAGCCAACUCCCCAGAUGGCAAAUCCACUUUAUAUUUGAGUUUUAGUAUCUGGGUCGCUAGUUUUAUCAACAAAUGCUCGUAAAAUCAACAUCCCCUCCGAUAUAGUCGCCGAUAUAGUCCGAGCCAAAAGGAGGCUCGGACUAUAUCUGCCCAAGCUAUAAAAUUCGUGCUAACAUUGACAGAGUCUAACCCAGAUUUAAGGCCAACUGCAAAAGAAGCUUUAAAGUCUUCAUGAUUUCUGAUAUUAAAGAGACAUGAAAGACGCAAAAACCAUAAUAAAUCAAAAUUCAUUCCGAUCGCUCUUCAAAACCCAUUUCAAGAAAUAAAGGAAGAGGAAAAUGAAGAAGAGCCUCAUCAUCGGCAUGGUGCCAUCUCCAGCGGUGACACCACGCCAGUACUUCGUAAUAACCCUCGCAUGCCAAUUAAUUUUAGGAAGUCUGCAAUUAAUUUCGAAGAUAAUGAGACGUACAGAGAUAAAUUUGAUUUUUAA